CUGGCCACAAGUUUCAAAACUUUCAAACAGGACAGACAGACAGAGAGACAGUGUGUCGGACGGCUUGAGUGACGGAGGGAAGAAGUGGAGCUUUGGACAAACCGCUGCACCACACACUCCAAACAAGAACUGUUGUGUUUUGAGAAAAAAAAAAAAAAGAGGCAGAGUCAUUGUGGAUCAUUUUCAGGGGGAAUAUCCUGCACCACAACUUGUUUGUUUUCUCUUUCUUCCACGUCCUUCCACCUCUUCUCAGAUCUCGAUGCUUUGCUCUGGGAUUUGUGCUCCAAAUCCAUCAAAUUCUUCUCUCGAUCCUUCUCCUCUUUGCCAUCUGAAACAUUCUGAAUUGCAGUUUUUGUCCAGAACUUUGCAGCCUGACAAACUGAGACAGACGUUUGCAGAAUUUCACUCGGACUAAAAGUUGACUCCAAGGCUGGUUCUGGAAUGAAUUUAACUGAGCCCAGCUUGUCUAGAGAGACUCUUCUGCAUCCCGGCCGGGUGUCUCUUGGAGCUUGGACGUCGGGGACCCCAAGUCCUGCUUCUGAUUCAGAAAUGGGUUUUGAGCAGAGCCUCUCCGGGGACUGCAGUUCUCCCGAUGGCACGAGGAGAGCAGAGCCGAGGAUUUCUCUGACACCCAGUUCUGGGGGACAGAGUCCGGAUCUGACCCAGGCAGGAGGUGUGUUGGCAAGCGCCGGAGACGGGAAGACUGUGGGGGCUGAGCAGAGGAUCCGCAGGCCCAUGAAUGCCUUCAUGGUGUGGGCUAAAGAUGAGAGGAAGCGCCUGGCCCUGCAGAACCCUGACCUGCACAACGCUGUGCUCAGCAAGAUGCUCGGUCAGUCAUGGAAGGCCCUGAGUGCCACAGACAAGCGACCGUUUGUGGAGGAAGCAGAACGGCUCCGUGUCCAACACCUCCAGGAUCACCCGAACUACAAGUACAGGCCUCGUCGCAAAAAGACCACCAAGAAACUCAAACGGGUUGAACCGGGCCUCCUGCUGCACACCUUGGCCCAAGGUGGGGCACCAGGCCUUGGUUUAGGACCUGACAUCAGCCCCUUGGGUGCAGAAAGUGUCACUGGAGGUUCUCCUUAUGGACAUCCAGGUGCUCACCCUCCACACCACCAUCAUUCCCACCACCUGCUACCAUCUCUGGGGCACUUCAGGGACCUCCAGGCCCCAGGACACCCAGAGCUUGAGACCUACGGCUUGCCAACUCCAGAGAUGUCCCCUCUGGAUAUUCUGGAAGAUGGAGCUGGAGAAUCAGUGUUUUUCCCUCAGCAUAUGCAGGAGGAGGCAGGGAUGGGAGGUUGGAGCGGGUACCACCACCACCUUCAUCAUCACAACCAGCAUUACAGCCACCACUACAACAACCACAGUCACCACAACUCCAUCCAUAGUCAAGGGUCAGGGAUGAGUGUUGGUGCCGGUUUAAAUGCUAGUAUGAAUUCCAGUCUGAGUCCUGGUAGAAGCUCCAGACUUGAUUCUCGAAUGAGCUCUGUUGAAUCAAACAUGACCUCUAGCAUGAGCUCUGUUACUGCAGUCAGCUCCAAGUUAAAUCCUACUCUCGCCUCCAGUCACCAAGUCGCAUUGAGGAGUUCUGUCAAGUGUCCACCAUCUAUCCCUGAUUCCUCCUCCCCUGUUUCCUACCCCCAGCCUCCCAUCAGCCACCCUGAGCCAAUAAAAUGCCACCAAGUUCCCCUGAGCACUGCUCCUGUCACCUACUUCAGUCAAAUAUAUGGCAGCGGCGGCCCGAAUGCCACCCAUUUCCCUUCUCAUCUGGGGCAGCUUUCACCUCCUCCUGAAACGUCCCCUUCUUCUUGCUCAACCUCCUCCAUCCCCCCUCCGUCAACCUUCCUUCCCUCUGUGCACUUAGACCACUCAAAUCCAGAAUCCUCUGGCCAUUUGGGGUCUUCUUCUGCUGAAUUUUGGUCUGAAGUGGACAGGCAUGAAUUUGACCAGUAUGUAAACAUUGGAAGGAAUCGAGAGGAGGCCUAUGGACUGAUUGGGGGAUGUGGGGGUGGAUCAAAGGUCCUGGGUGGGCGCAGCAGCAGUAGUGUAGGUAGUAGCAAUAACAACAUUGUUAACAAUGUCAUCAACAGGGAUGUCAGUGGUAUUAUGAAUGGCGUUGGUGGGUGUGACGAUGGGAGCAGCCCUCUCAUAUCUGCACUUUCUGAUGCCAGCAGUGCCGUCUAUUACAGUGCCUGUAUUACUGGGUAAACCCUCCAUGAUCUCAUCUCUUACAUGUGCCUCCUGUCAUUUGUGUUCGCUCAUUUCAAUCGUUCUGACACGUCAGGAAGAAAGUAUGCUGGAAAAAAAAUGUUUCGACUUUAUACUUUUAGUCCAGUCAUUGUCAUGUCUUACUUAUCUCUCACUGAUUGAAAUUUAAAUGUUUUUCUAAAUGUCAAAAGAAGAAAUACACAGAGGUGUUGUUUCAUCAGACAUAUACUGGAGUCAGAGACAAAUGUGCUAACUGGAACAAAAAUGACACUACAUUAACAAGUACAAUCUUGGUCAUAAACUCAAGCCGCUUUCCUUUACAGCUACAGGCUGUCGUUGCAUUAGAGUUAGGUGUAUUAACCUGCAAGCAAAGGUAACCUAUGGUUUCUUGUAGGAUUUAUCACUCUGCUUUAAUUUGGGAUGUGUCUAAUUACUACAGUGUUUUCUGCCUUAUCUCAGUCUUCGAAUGAGUAGAAUGCAGUUUUCAAUUAAUCAUGAAGGAUACUAGCUCUUGGAGAAAAAAAACAACAAACACAACAGGAGUCUUUAUCAAUAUUCGGAUGCAUUUAUGGCAUAGAAAUUGCAUAACCUAUGUGAUUCAGGGACAUCAGCAAGUGCUCAUCUGUGCUGAAGUGCCUUUGAGCAAGACACUAACCUGUCAUGUGUUCCACUUGUUCUGGUAUAUCAGGAACGUUCUAAUCUCAUAUCAUUUUUGACAUUUCAUCUCAGGACCAGACAUGUAUUCAUCUCCACUCAACUUCAUGAAUUUUAAAUAAGUUCAUCUCGUUUGCUGAACGUUAACGACAAACUUAUGGGAUUCGCAGAAAGAGAAAGACUCAAUGGGAGAGACUUGUUCCAGCCUCCGCAUAUAUCCCAGCAGUGUUGUCGGGAAAGCCUUGGUCACUAACCCAGAACACACCACUGAUGUCUCCCACAAACUAUCAAGAUGUUUUACAAGCCGAGUUGGGUUUUCUCUGACCGUGAUACAUGCCAUUCCCGCUGCGGCUCAGGCCAUGACAGGGCCUCGUGUCAAACUCUGUGCCAAAAUCUGCGAGUUUUAACUCACUUCGCUUCAUGCCAAAUACUGAUAUGCUGACAAUUCAAAGAUCCUUCUUUUCAAACCAGCAACAUUCUCUGGAAUAACAAGCAUAUCACUUUUUAGUUUUUUUGUUGUUUGUUUUGGUUGUCAAAAUUAGUUAUUAAAAAACAGGUUUUAAAUUUAGGUGCUUUUGGAACAAGUCUUGCAAAGAAGGGCAUGGAAAUAUUUUAAUUUAUAUGUAAAUUUCAAAAUUCAUCAUCUUUACUUGCAAGUUCUUGCAAAGCAAACCUUACACUGCCAGAUAGUGGUGUGCAGUUGUUAAUCUAACAUUCUUGGUGUUAUUGUUGGAAACCUUGGUUUGAUGUAGCUGUUUACUGUAUAUAGAGAUGUUAUGCUUCUUGACAUUAUGUGAAGGAGAAACUGAGACUAUGAAAUGUUCUCUUUGCACUGGGUUUAAAGUCUUAGCUGUAUAGACGGAACACUACUUAUUGAAAACUAAAUGUCCAAAUCAUAAAAUAUGUUUUUGUACAGAAAAGACUGUGUUCAUGUUGUUUAAUAGAGUCUUAUUUUUUCUUAAAGGCAAACAAUUUAGAAAAAUCACUUACUAGUGUGGUAAGUAUGGUGGAGGAGCAGGACUUCAAUGAGCAAAUAGCCUAGCUUAGCAUAAGUUCAAGAAUCAGAAUUAGCCUUUAAAAAUCGAUCUACCAGCACCUCUGAUACUUAGAAUUAACAGGCUGUAAUUAAUUUGUUUAAUAUAUAAACAAACCAAAUGCAUAUUUUGUUAUUAUAGAGGGAAAUUGUCUGUUUCUAUAUGAGAAGAGCUGGUAGGCAGUUUAUUUUAAAAUUUUGCACUGCUCUUGCUGCUUAGCCCGGCUAUUUGCCCCCGGUUCGUCACCAUACUUAAACCACAGGUAUAAAAAUGUUAAACUAUUCCUUUAAAGAAAAGUAAAAGUAUUGGAUCAGUGUGUUUCCACUGGUCUAUUUUAAUGUUCCUUCAAAAUGUUGUGUAUUAAAAAUUUGCCUUUAAAAGGAAAUCUAGAAUUGUAACGAUCUCUUGUAGAUCUCUAUGGGUCUCAUACAUUUUCUUCUGCCAGACUAACGAAUGACUUUCCCUCCCACGCCAAUGUUGGAAAUUAAAAUGAAAAUUUGUGGUUUUGUUUGUGCUGAGAAGUCAACAAGUUGUAGCCACUGUAGAGGUCUCUCUGUAUGUGUUUAUGUAAUAUCCAUCCCGUAAUAGUUUUGUAUACAAUGGAGGCCGAAACCAGAAGUCUCUCUUCAAAGAUUUAUCCUACAUCUGCUCUUCAUUAGCUCUAAAGACAAUGCUUUUUUUCUUUUUUUCCUACAUGAAACAGUAGAACAAAAUGAAGUAUCUUGUACAGUGAAACCAGUUAUAUUUGCCACACAGUUCCUUGUGACCACCAUUGGUUGACAGCAGGGCAAUAGUACAUUUUUCCAAACAUUUCCUCUAGAGGAUGAAGUCACAGAGAAGCAGCAGUUCAUGCAAAGUAUUAAAAAAAAAUACUUCUACAUCUGCAUUUGACAUUCUUUUCUGUUGACACCAGAGUCUUGUUUCCAUUUUAAUUUACUGUGACGCACAAAGACAUCAGAGAGACAGGCGUUUUUUUUGAGUCGUGCAAUAACUCUGGGGCUUUUGGUAAUAAUUAUCUGAAGAAAAAAAAAAGAAACACCCAAGAUUUUGGGAUUAAAACAAAGGACAUUUUCUCAGCAGUCAUAUAACGACAAAUUAAAGCCAAGAUUUUCCCAGAAGUGUCACUGUGAUGCUUCUCAAUGUGUUUGACAGGGAUCAUUUUUACGUUGUCAAAGCAUAGAAAAUGUUUUUAUUCAUGUUUGUAUAUUUGAAAAAUGUGUCUGUAAAUGGAUUUGUUCAAUUUUAUAAAAUAAUUUCACAAAAUAAACACUUCUAAGAUUGCA